AAUCAAGUAGUUUGUAUAAAUACAAGGUUCAGCUCUCUCCGUGUUUAAGGCUGAGAGAGAUCCCAGUGUUCUAGCCAUAUCCCUUUAUCCUUGCCUUGCUAGCUCUCUCUUUCUCUUUCUCUUUCUCUUUCUCUUCUCUUCUCUGUUUCUUCAUUCUCUUAAACAGAGAUUUCUGGCAGAAAAUUGAAGACCCAUUUAAUUUUUUUGAUCCCUGUUGGGUUUUCUUCUCAUUAAAAACAGAGAUUAAUUGCAGACAUUUAGAGACACACUAUACACAGAAGAGAGAAAAGAUAGGUAAUACUUUCUGAGAUCAUGAAGCAUAAAGAUGGAAAACCAGGACCCCAAGGUACCAGGGUUUUCCCCAUGACAAUCUUGUUUGUUGUGCUAUGCGGGUUUUCAUUCUAUCUUGGUGGAAUCUUCUGUUCUGAGAAGAACAGAAUUGAGCCUUCUGAUGUCAAAGAUGUCACAAAGGCAAUUCAAUCAUCCAAGGAGUCACUUGUGGCCCCUCUCCAAAUGAAAACUGUUUCCUUUGCUGAAUGCAGCAGUGACUAUCAAGACUACACCCCAUGCACAGAUCCAAGGAGGUGGAGAAAAUAUGGUGUUCAUCGGCUUACUUUCAUGGAACGCCACUGCCCUCCAGUAUUUGAAAGGAAAGAGUGCUUAGUUCCACCUCCAGAUGGGUAUAAGCUACCAAUCAGAUGGCCAAAUAGCAGGGAUGAAUGUUGGUACAGGAAUGUGCCAUAUGAUUGGAUUAACAAGCAGAAAUCUAAUCAGAAUUGGCUAAGAAAAGAAGGGGAGAAGUUUCUCUUUCCUGGUGGAGGAACUAUGUUUCCUAGAGGUGUAUCUGCAUAUGUCGAUUUGAUGCAAGAUCUUAUUCCAGAAAUGAAAGAUGGGACUGUUCGAACUGCCAUUGAUACUGGGUGUGGGGUUGCAAGUUGGGGAGGUGAUUUGCUAGAUCGGGGGAUUUUAACAGUUUCUCUCGCCCCAAGAGAUAAUCAUGAAGCUCAAGUUCAGUUUGCCUUGGAACGUGGAAUUCCAGCAAUCCUUGGCAUCAUUUCUACACAGAGGCUUCCUUUCCCCUCAAACUCGUUUGAUAUGGCUCACUGCUCAAGGUGCCUCAUCCCAUGGACGGAAUUUGGUGGAAUUUACCUCCUUGAAAUUCAUCGUAUACUCCGCCCUGGAGGUUUCUGGGUCCUGUCUGGUCCACCUGUCAACUAUGAAAACCGCUGGCGUGGAUGGAACACAACCAUAGAAGAGCAGAAAUCAGAUUAUGACAAGUUGCAAGAACUGCUAACUUCAUUGUGCUUCAAAUUGUAUAACAAAAAGGAUGAUAUUGCUGUUUGGAAGAAAUUGUCAGAUGAUAGUUGCUACAAUAAACUUAAUGAGCCAGAUUUCUAUCCUCCGAAGUGUGAUGAUAGCCUUGAACCAGACUCAGGAUGGUACACGCCAUUACGCUCUUGUGUUGUCGUUCCUGACCCAAAGCUAAAAAAGUCAGCUUUGAAAUCCAUCCCUAGAUGGCCAGAGCGGUUGCAUGUUGCACCAGAUCGUAUUUCCAAUGUGCAUGGUGGGAGUGCUAGUGCUUUUAAGCAUGAUGACAGCAAGUGGAGGGUACGAUUGAAGUACUACAAGAAGUUGCUCCCAGCAAUUGGGACAGAUAAGAUCAGAAAUGUUAUGGACAUGAACACAGUAUAUGGAGGUUUUGCUGCGGGGACGAUUGAUUAUCCUUUGUGGGUCAUGAAUGUGGUCUCUUCCUAUGCUGCAAAUACACUGCCAGUGGUCUAUGAUCGGGGCCUUAUUGGAACUUACCAUGAUUGGUGCGAAGCUUUUUCUACAUAUCCCCGAACUUAUGAUCUUCUACAUCUUGAUGGCCUCUUUACUGCAGAAAGCCACAGAUGCGAAAUGAAAUAUGUACUCUUAGAGAUGGACCGAAUCCUGCGCCCCAACGGGUAUGCAAUAGUUCGAGAAUCCAGCUACUUUGUGGACGCUGUUGCGACUAUUGCCAAAGGCAUGAGAUGGGGUUGUCGCAAAGAAGAUACUGAGUAUGGCAUUGGGAAGGAGAAAGUAUUGAUAUGCCAGAAAAAACUCUGGUAUUCAUCGAAUCGGACUUCUAGAUGAUGAACAUAGAAACCCAAACCAAGUUUGAUCUCUUGGAGGGCCGGAUAUAGGGUUAGAAGCAAGUUCAAUACCAUUCACAGAGAAUUAGUUCACUUCAUUCUAUAAGAAGCCAAGAAUAUUCAAAUUUUAUCAUGAAGACUCAGUUACCCAAUAAGGUGCUUUCAUUAACAUAUAGGAUUUGCGUAUAGAUAUAUUUUUUCAAAGGUGUCAUAGUUUUUUUCUCUUUUCAUGCCAAGCUGUAAUAGAAUGAUUUGGAAAUUUGUUUGUAAUGGGUUUAUAUGUACCAAAAAAUGAAACAGCAACGGGUUUAAAAAUUCAGACCCUGACAGCUUGUUAUUGUUUUAGAAUCUUAAAUGAACUUUGCUUCUGUUUUAUGCAGUGACGCUACGCUGCAAUUUUA